UUUCUCCCAGACCUUUCCCAUUCGUAUCCAGCUCUUGUUCCUGCCGAGAUCUCCGGCGAUCGCCGCCGGAGAGAUCUCCGGCGAUCACCACGCGGAAUCGGAGGGGACGGGAGCCGCUGCGGAGCUUCAACGGCGGUUGCGAGCAGCGAACGACACAGGCGCACCCGCUCCCCGACCCCGCGUCCAUCUCCUCGCCACUCCCUGCAGCCGCACACCACGAGCACGGCGGCGGUGUCGGCGUCGGCGGGUCGGUGUCGGGCUCGGCUUCGGCUUCAAGCAUCCGCUCCUUGGGGUCCUCGGAUGAUACCCCCGAUCUCGGGAUCUAUAGGGAUGGUCUCAUGUCAACUCCUGUUUCUGCAGUAAUUCACAAAAGAAAGGCGAAUGGUGGUUUUAUCAUGAGUGCAAGCCAUAAUCCUAGUGGGCCGGACUAUGAUUGGGGAAUUAAGUUUAACUACAGCAGUGGACAACCUACACCAGAAUCAAUUACCAACGAAAUAUAUGGGAACACUAUUUCGGGCUGUUUUGGCUUGGCUUUCCAUCAUCGCAUACAAAAACAAAGACAAGAAGGUGGGCGAGAUGCUGGUCUCUGUCGCAGACAUUGCCAAGGAGCACUGAGCCACCUACGGCAGGAAUUUCUUCUCGAGAUACGAUUAUGAAGAAUGUGAAUCUGCAGGAGCAAACCAAAUGAUGGAGCACCUUAGGGACUUGAUCUCAAAAAGCAAACCUGGCGAUAAACAUGAGAAUUAUACCUUCAAAUUUGCUGACGAUGUCUCCUACACUGACCCUGUCGAUGGAAGUGUGGCAGCGAAGCAAGGCCUUCGGUUUGUUUUCACAUAUGGAUCAAGGAUUAUGUAUCGUCUUUCGGGGACUGGAUCAGCAGGCGCAACAGUACGAGUGUACAUUGAGCAAUUCGAGCCCGACGUCUCCAAGCACGACAUGGAUGCUCAAACAGCAUUGAAGCCUCUAAUAGAUAUCGCGUUGUCGGUUGCUAAGCUGAAUAACUUCACUGGAAGGGAGAAGCCUACAGUCAUCACGUGAACUAUAGUUGAAGGGAUCGGCAUGACCAAUUCUUUUAUUUAUAUGAUGGGCCUAUGCCCAUUUUUGGCAAUAAGAUAAAGCAUUCAGCUCCCUUUUCCCCCCUUUUUAUUUCAGUGUAAGCAAGAAUCUGCUUGGA